AUGAGCUCAGCAAGACACGAAUUUGGCGCCGAUCAAGUUGAGUCUGGCUUGAGGGACGGACGCGGCAAAUUGGGACAAGGCGCCAGCAACGAAGAAUCAAGAUUGAAGGGCGACUACGGCAAGUUUGAAAAGGGGGCACACAACGAAGAGAAUCAACUUGACUCAGGCUUGAAAAGCGACUAUGGAAAGUUUGAAAAAGGAGCACUCAGUGAGGAAAACAAACUUGACUCAGGCUUAAAAGGAGAUUACGGCAAGUUUGAAAAGGGAGCCGGCUCAGAAGAAGCAAAGUUGAGAAACGAUUACGGCAAGUUUGAACAAAACACCGUUAGGGACACCGCUAGAGACAAAGACAGAUUAAAAGGAGACUACGGCAAAGUGGAAGGCGACUUCAAGAACGAGGACACCAAGGGCGAGUCGGGAUUGGACAGAUUCAACAAGAGCGCCAAGGAGAACGAGCAAGAGUGGGACAACAAGAUCUCCCAGGGCCUCAACAAGAUUGGCGAGGACUUCAAGGGCGUUGGCCAGAAGCUCACUCACAGCUUGGAUGGAGUCUAUGAAAAAUACGGAGAAGAUUUCGACAAGGCUGUUAAGAAGUAA